GCCAGUAAGCCAUAACACACAAUUCCGGCUCAACAUGGAGGACCAGGACCACCCGGUCCAGUACUCUGCACGCUCCGGCGAAAAACCGGUCCGGUUUCGCGGCGUCCGCCGGCGGCCGUGGGGCAAAUUCGCUGCGGAGAUACGCGAUUCAACUCGCGGCAGCGUUCGGCUUUGGCUUGGAACCUUCGAUACCGCUGAGGAAGCCGCAAGAGCCUACGAUAGAGCCGCCGUCGCUAUGCGUGGUCACCUUGCAAUCCUCAAUUUUCCCGGCGAGCUGCCGAGUUCCACCACCGCCGGAACUACAGCUAGCCCUGCUUCGAGUUUGCCGGAGAUGGAUUUAACUGGUUUGAGAUCGGUGGCGGGAAGAGGGAAGCAAGUGAUAGAGCUCGAGUGUUUGGAUGAUAAGCUAUUAGAGGAUCUUCUUUAUUUAGGAGAGGAAGGAAGUUCUUAAUUACAUGUAUUAAUUGAGGUUAUUAGUGAGGUUGUUCUAUUUAAUUUCUUUAAUCUCUUCUUAAUUGGUUGCUUAAUGAGUGAGUGAAAUCAUGAUUAUUUGUUUAGUAUUUUGUUUCAAAGGUUUGAUUACUAUGGUGCUUAUUUCUCUUAUGAAAAUGAAAUUUAGGAUUUGUUUGAGACA